AUGGACUUUGCUAUCCUCUUCCACCCUUGGAUCCUCAUCUUCAUCUUUGGGAGUCUACUGGCUCUUGCCUUUGCCUCUGGUCACUACCUGUUCCUCGUUAUCCGGAGUGUCUUCUCCGGUUACCACCGCAUCCCUGACCCGCCCUUGACGGGCAUUGGGAACAAUACCAGCCCCUUCUCGUGGUCUCGCUGGAUUGACAGCAUUAAUGGCUGGCUCAAGCACAGGGCCUUCAGAUGUGCCCUGCGGCUGACCGACGUAAAGUACUCCAUCACUGAGUUCUUCGAGGAUACCCCCACCCUGCUUUUGACCUCUCCCUCCGGCACCGACCUGCCGCUCUCAACGGUGUGGCAACCCCUCGUCGGGUAUCGUCCACGGAUCCCGGAUCCCUGGCUUCUCAACACCCGCUGGCGCCCCUGCAAGACUCCCUGGCUUUGGGUCUCUUUCAGCAGUGGACUCAAACGCCUGUAUCCGUCCUGGGAAGCGAUACCCGUUUGCGCGAAGGUUCGAAGCGAUAUAAUUUGUGAGCCCGUCGCGAUUAAGGCCGACACGAAGCAAACGGACAAGCUGCGCGAAGAGGAUGCCGACGAAGUCGAAGAUCGCGCCCGCGAGUGGAACCGCGAACAGCAGGUUGACUCCGUAUUAGAGUGGAUCGCGGACGUGGCUACGACCCCACAGAUGUACACGCCUAUCUCUGUUCUGCCGACGCUAGUAUCUCAAUGGACCGAGCCCAAACCGAAGCUUGCACCUAGGCCGAGGACGGCCCCUUUCUGGCUUGUCGAGCAACCCGCCCCGAGGACUACGAAGAAGGGUCCUGCAUUAUUUGCCGGCAACACCGUACUCAAGAAGGCCGACUUCCAACGGAUGCUCGCUGUCACCCGAGUGCGGAGCGCGUCAGUACCCAGCCGGGCGCCGACUACGCAAAGGGAACCCACGAUCAGUCGGCGAUUCAGCUUGCCUGGGGAGGACCUCCGGCCGACCGUCAACUGGGAGCGGCGAGAUGAGAGCCGGAUAAAGGAGCUUCGGGAACUGGCACGGACCAUGUUCGCGCCUGUCCCUGCACCUCAAUCUCAAUCUCAGUCUCAACCUCUGCCUCUGUCGGACUACUCUCCGAAGCCUGUGUCGAUUCCUGUCCCGCAGGAGUCUGCGCCCGUUCCUGUCCUGGAAGACUCUGCCAUCUUCACCAUUGGUUCUUGCGACAGUCUGGACGGUGCUGUGGACGACGUACCGAUCGCUGCGCCUACUCGUGCCGCCGUCGUGGAACCUUCUGCUGUUAUCGUGGACAACCCUGCCGCCGAAGAACCCGUCUAUAAGCCUGUGAUCCACGAAGACGCCUCCGUCUUCGAGCCGGAGUACGAAUACGCUGCUGUUCUCUUCUCAAGCCCCGCGUUGGACAGCAAGGCGCCCUUCAACGACGACUCAGGCUUCUUCUCCAUUGGUUCUCUGGACAGUCUCGCGGAUUCUGAGGACGACGAGCCACUCGCUAUCCGGAGGUUGAGCCUGCUGCGGGAGUCGACGUCGCCCCUUGCCUAA